AUGGAUGGCGACUGGACGAGUGUGGCCGGCUACCCGAACGUCAGAUUUCCUAAAAUGGCAGCUUGUUCCAGGGUGGGCAGCGCUCUUUCAUGUCUUUAUGCCGACAGCUCAUACGGCAUGUUGGGUAGGUGCAGUAGGACGCCGGCCGUACACGCUAUACGUACUAUGGCGUUAAGCCCCUACCAUAUUCCUAUGCACCCCGUUGAAAACUGUUUCUUCUCCUUGUUUCGGGAGUGCUGUGACGGGAACGGGUCAUCACUUGGGCCCUUGUACGCGGGGCAGAUUGUCGCCACCGGCAUACUUGACCCAGAUGAGCGGAAGCUAUGUUCCAUACUGGGUCGGAGAUGGCUUGCGGCUCGUGACGGGCAUAUACACAUAGUGGCUACUAAGGAGGAGGCGACGUACCGGGCGGAUCUUGCAGGUAAGUUUGGCGAUGAAGCAGUUGACAAGUAA